AAGAAAAGCAACAAAAUAAUAAUGAAUUAGAGACUCACAAUUCACACUACUCUUUCUAUCAUUUCCAAUAAUGGCCGGGACAUUAAGUCUCUGGCGGAGAGAGGCCUUGUUCUUGACGGCGAUGCUGGCGACUGAAACCGGCGUCGUUGGAAUGAGUACUUUGUUUAAAGUAGCAACUUCAAAGGGGCUCAAUCUUUAUGCUUUCCUCGGCUAUUCUUAUCUUCUUGCUUCUCUCGUUCUUCUUCCUUCUUUUUUCUUCUCCAACAGGUCAAGAUCACUUCCUCCCCUAAGUUUCGCAAUACUUUGUAAAAUAGGACUUCUUGGAUUAUUAGGAUCAAUGUAUGUGAUCACAGGAUACAUAGGCAUCAAAUACAGCAACCCAACCUUAGCCUCUGCCAUUAGCAAUAUCACUCCUGCUCUUACCUUUAUCCUCGCCAUUAUCUUCAGAAUGGAAAAAGUAUCUUUCAAAGAAAGGAGCAGUGUGGCCAAAGUGAUUGGGACAAUAUUGUCACUAAUAGGCGCACUUGUGGUGGUUCUCUACCACGGUCCACGUGUCUUCAUUGCAUCAUCUCCGCCGUAUCUAAACUUCCGUCAGCUUCCUCCACCGUUAUCAUCUUCAAAUUCAGAUUGGCUCAUCGGCGGAGCUCUUCUAACCACAAGAGACAUCUUCGUUUCUGUAUCUUUCAUUCUCCAGGCGCAAAUAAUGAGUGAAUAUCCAGCGGCAUUCACAGUCUCCUUCCUCUACACUGUAUCAGUUUCAAUCGUGACUUCAGUGAUUGGACUAGUAGUGGAAAAGAACAAUCCAAGCGUUUGGAUCAUUCGAUUUGACAUUACUUUGAUUACAAUUGUUACUAUGGCAAUAGUUACUUCAGUGUACUAUGUGAUUCAUUCAUGGACAGUAAGUCACAAAGGACCUCUAUACUUAGCGAUAUUUAAGCCAUUGUCGAUUUUAAUAGCAGUGGUUAUGAGCGCAGUUUUUCUCAACGAUUCUCUCUAUCUUGGAUGUUUGAUCGGAGGAGUUGUGAUAACGUUGGGGUUUUACGCUGUGAUGUGGGGCAAAGCAAACGAAGAGAAGGAUCAGUUGUUACUUUCGGAAAAAGAGAAAACCCCUCUUCUAUUGAACGGCUACAAUGACCAAAUUUAGUAUGUUGUUGUUACAUACUCGUAGUUACACUUUUGGUUAAUGUGUACAUAUUGCUUUGUACAUAACUUGAAAUAUUACUAUAAUUUUAUUUAUGAUAGAUUUUAUUGAUAUCA